AUAAAUAGAAACCAAAGAGGAUUCCGCUACUCGAGUCUCAAGCUAACAGUCAGUGAAGAUGGACGUCAGCGUCUCCGUGUCGUUCUUUCAAGACGAGCUCGCCUCUACCAUCGAGCACGCAGUGAAAGCGGCUGUAGACACCGUCUUGUGCCAAAUCACAAAAGUUGUCGGCGGCAAAUUCACUGAAUUCCGAAUGGAAAUGGCUGGAAAGGAGAAAGAGAAUGAAAGUCUGAAGCUGAGAUUGGAAAUAUCAGAGAGCGAGUUGAAAGCAGUGCGGGAAUGCAUGAACGCUGCAGAUGCAGACAUUAAACAACCUCUCAGAAACAUGAACCCCGACUGCAAUGAACAAGACUUUCAGAGGAAUCAGAACCAGGGAUUAUUUCAAGAUCCCAAAGAGAGCCAUGCUAUCCCUAAAUCUGAAGCACAGGAGGGGCCAAGGAUAGAAGCAGUUUAUACACUAGAGGCGUCCUUUGAUCAGGAGUGGUGUGCAAGUCUAAAGCAGGUUACAGAGCUGACAUGUGUUAAAGAUGAAGAGGUCCCUCGACUGGAAUGUGUUCCUAUUAAAGAGGAAUUCAUUGAACAGGAAUGUGUCCCCAUCGCAGAGGAAGUUCCAACUGAAAAUAAUGUCUGUACACUUGAGGAGAACAACCAGCUGGGAUCGAGCCUGUGUGAUGAUUGUCCACCUGAAUGUGAAGUGGGAUUUAGAGCUAAAGGAAAUCUCAAAGGAGAGAAAUCUCAUCGCUGCACAGUGUGUAGGAAGAUAUUCAGUCGUUUAUCACACCUUAAAAAACACCAGCACAGUCACAGAGGAGAGAAACCUCAUCAGUGUUCUGAGUGUGGGAAGAGUUUCAGUCGUUUAUCACACCUUAAAAAACACCAGCACAGUCACAGAGGAGAGAAACCUCAUCAGUGUUCUGAGUGUGGGAAGAGUUUCAGACGGAUAGAUAGCUUGAAAGAGCACCAGCGAACUCGCAGUCACUUAUCACACCUUAAGACACCAUAAAAUGCACAAUAGAGUGAAGCCCUAUCCCAGCAUUGAAUGUGGGAAGUUGAGUCAGUUGCUGGGUCUUGAAGGAUACAAGAGAAUCCACAGAAUUUCAGCCACUUGAGGACACCUAAACACCAGGAGUAAAUGUGAAUAAAAUAUAGAAAUAUUUACUGCAAACAAAAGAAUAAACUUACUUGAUAAAUAGGUUUAUUCCUAAUCACUUCAGAUCAAAAACCUACACUCACGGAUGGGACAUGAGAACUACAACGUCUUGGACGGACCAUUCAUCAUGUUGUUGACCAUUCUGAUUUUGUUACGUCAGAUUAGUAAUCUAUGAAAUAGAUUGUAAUUGCAUCUGGUUUGUAAAUUGCAUUUUACAAAGAAGAAUGGGCAAAAAUUGCAGUGUCCAGAUGUGCAAAGCAGGUAGAGACUUAUCCAAAUAGACUCAUGGCUGUAAUUGCUGCCAAAGGUGCCUCUACCAAAUAUUGACUCAAGGGGGUGAAUACUUAUGCAAUCAAUUAUUUUCUGUUUUAUAUUUGUAAUUAAUUUAGAACAAUUUGUAGAUUUUAUUUUUCACUUUGACAUUAUGGACUUUUUUGUGUUGAUCAGUGGCAAAAACUCCUACUUAAAUCCAUUUUGAUUCCAUGUUGUAACACAAUAAAAUGUGGAAAAGUCCAAGGGGGGUGAAUACUUUUGAGAGCCACUGUACACCAAGCCCUGUCUGCACAUUUUGCAAUGGUCAACUAGUAGGCGGGAAUAUUUUAUAAUAAAAUUGUUAUUGUUGUCAAUGUGAUGUUAACUACAUUACCAACAUUGUGUGGAGGUGUAUUGUUUUGUAUACAGUAGUGGACUGUAGUGGAAUUUAAAUAGAAACAAGUACAAAUAGCCAGAACAAAACACUUUUAUUACAAGUAACUUUAAAAUUGGCAAUG